AUGUCCGCCCGACCUGUAAUUGUCGUCGCAGGCAUUGGGAAUGGCUCAGGCACUGGUGCCGCUACCGCGCGCGUAUUCGCCAAAGCGGGAUACCGCGUCGCACUGAUCGCCCGGAACGCCGACCAUCUGAACAAGCUCGCAUCGGAAGUCAACCAAUCCGGGGGAGAGGCUGCUGCAUUCCCCGUUGCUUCAUACUCGUACGAAGCCGUUAGCGGCGUCUUCACUACCAUCAAGCAGCACAAAUGGGCGUCGCCCGAGAAAGCGGAAAUCCGUGUCGCUCUGUGGAACGCGGGCGCAGGCGUAUGGAAGGGGUUCCUCGACGUCACGGAGCAGGAACUGCAGACGGUCGUGGACACGAACAUCACAGCACCAUUCGCGUUCUCGCGCCAGGUGCUCCUCGCUUUCAAAGAGAACGAGAUCGACCAGCUGGGCAAGCGGGGCACGCUCCUGUUCACGGGCGCGACGGCGAGCUGGAGGGGCAAUGUGACAACGAGCGCGUUCGCUGCGGGCAAGUUCGCGCUGCGUGCCUUGAGCCAGAGCCUCAACAAGGAGUUCGGCAAGCAGAACAUUCACGUCGCCCAUGCCAUCAUUGACGGAGGAAUUUUGACGGACCUGUCCCUCUCGCGCCGUUCGGACCCGAGUGCAAGCAAGGCGUGGAAGGAAGACGCGAACAUCCGCCUGGACCCGGAGAGUAUUGGCAAGUCCUACCUUUAUCUCGCCAACCAGGAUAGCUCUGCGUUGACAUGGGAGUUGGAUUUGCGCCCUGCGCACGAAAAGUGGUGA